AUGAAAGUCUUCAUUUUCCUUGUGCUGGGCUUGGCCGUUUCUUCUGCGGACACAGCACCAAACGUCCAAAGGAGCUCCAUUAAUGAUGACGACUAUCUUUGGGAAUCCCCAGUCCCAUAUGUUUUGGGAAAUGACCUUGAGAUCAAUGCUAAAGGAGUGAUCCUGAGGGCCCUCGACGAGUACAGGCUCAAGUCAUGCAUUGACUUCAGACCAAGGAACGAAGAAUACUAUUACAUCUCCGUCAGAAAGUUAAACGGAUGCUUCUCAUAUGUUGGAAGGACAUUUAGUGGACAGGAACUCUCCAUCGGGAGAUUUUGUGAUUCAAUCGCCACUGUUCAACAUGAGUUUCUCCACGCUCUUGGCUUCUUCCAUGAACAAAGCCGCUAUGACCGAGAUGAUCAUGUAAAGAUUCUGUUUGAGAACGUCGAAAAAGGUUUUGAGAACAACUUUCAGAAAGUUAAUAAGACAGACAGCACGGUUUCGGGACUCCCAUAUGACUACAACUCAGUGAUGCACUAUGGCUCUGGAGCAUUCUCCAAUGGAAACGGGUCUACAAUUGUCACCAAAGAUCCAAACUUCCAGAAUGUGAUUGGUCAAAGACUGCAAAUGAGUCCAAUCGAUGUUAAGGAGCUGAACCGCCGCUACAAAUGCAAUUCAACCACUGCAUUUCACAUGUUCUGCAGCUUCUCUAAUGGAAACAUGUGUGGAAUGAACACCUGCUCAAACAGUGACAAUGACAGUGGCUGGGAAAUGGUAAAACAAGCACAAGGUGGGCCUGAAAUGGACCGCUCCACUCUACCCACUGCCAGCAGUAAGAAUGGUACAGAAGAAGGUUAUUUCAUGCAUGCUAGCACAGCAAGCGGUGAGGAAGGUAAAACCUCACGGCUGGAGACCAAGAUGAUGGAGCCAACCAGAGAGUGUCAUGUCCAGUGUCUCCAGUUCUAUUAUUACCACAGUGGGGACGAGUCAGACAUAUUGAACAUCUGGAUCAGAGAGUUUGACGAUCAAUUCGACUCUGAGGGAACCCGCCGCCUCAUGGGACAGAUCACUGGUCCUCAAACAUCUCACUGGCAUAUCCAUCAUAUUUCCCUGAAUGCCACCAAGCACUUCCAGGUGGAGUUUGAGGCUCGUACAGGAGCAGGGAACUCUUCAGGCGGUUUCUCAAUUGAUGACAUCAAUCUGUCCGAGAUCGAAUGUCCACAUGGAACCUUGCAGAUAGAUAAUUAUAUGGAGAGCAACAACAAUAAAUCUACAAUCUACAGCCCACGGCAGUACACCGUAGACGGCUAUGCCUACCGUAUAGCAGUGCAGUUUAAGGGAUUUUAUUUGUCACUGUUUAUGCAAAUGUUGUCAGGCGAAAAUGAUGAGAAGCUGCAGUGGCCUUGCUUACAAAGGCAAAUUACUCUACGAAUGCUGGAUCAGACAACAAACUUACAGCUGCACAUGUCAGGUGAAAUAAGUUUCACCUCUAGCCCAAAUGACGUCAACAACUUUGGUUUAAGUCCAUGGGACAAUCCUCGUAAGAAUGGAACUGAAUUUGUUGAUGAGAAUGAUCAGACUGCCUUUGCCGGACCAUUGAUGGGCUACACAACUUUUGCAUAUCGUGAUCUAAUUCAAUCCAGAAACUACGUCAAGGGAGACAGUUUGAUUAUAACCUUCAGCUUCCAAGAUCUCAAUCCCUUGAUAAAUGAAAGUGCUUUACCAUGUCCUGAGCUGGCACCAGUGAAGAUUGCACAUCCUCCCAUGGAUCUGGAUGGUGGCCCAUGUGUACCACGCAUCUUUGGCUUCUCUCCUGCAAUGGUGGCUUCUCCUGUCCUCACCCUGCUGCUCGCACUGAUGCUUUCAAUGCCAUGAUGGACAGGACCAGCAUUUUGCCUUGAUUGCUUAUUCACAAAAAAGGCUGUACUGGGAGACACUGGUCAGGGAUACAUAGUUCAUUCAGACCAGAGCCUUGCUCUUGUGUCAUAAACAAGUGAGAAUUGAAGAAAUGCCUCCAAUAAAACCAAAUUACAUUGUGUGGUGGGAUCGUAUACUUAAGUUAUUUUUUUAUGCAAAUUAUAAUUUAUGGAUUAUUCUUGAAAAUAUUUUAAGUGGUUUUUGGGAUAUCAUGUAAUACUAUAUUUCUUUAAAGAUAAAAAUUAGAACAUAUACACAAAUACUAUAAGCAUACUUUUGAAAUACUGAUGGAUACAUGUUAUUGAUUAAAGAUUGUGUCGUUUAAAAAUGUCUUUACUUUAAUAAAGAUGUGGUGGUAAUGGA